ACUACAGUUAGAGACAAGUGAACGCGAGAGGGGUAAGUGGAGUUUUCAGACCGAAGGAAGAAAAGAAAUAGAGAAGGGGGAACGAAAAAGUAGUUCAGACGAUACAAAAUUAGGGGAGGGUGGUGUAUUAAGUGCUUUGACAGCGAAGUUAUAUAUUUUGAAAAAAGAAGACAAGAACGGCCUCGCGAGAGAAAAUAAACCGAGAUGCUAACGCCGUAUUUCCUGGAACAUUUUUGGGGUGAGAGAAAUAAUGGGUUUGAUGUCCUGUACCAUAACAUGAAACAUGGCCAGAUAUCCAGCAAGGAGCUUGCAGACUUCAUUCGAGAAAGGGCUGCAAUUGAGGAGACGUAUUCCAGAGCAAUAACCAAACUGGCCAAGUCUGCUGGCAACUUCUCUCAGUUGGGGACGUUUGCACCACUAUGGGAUGUGUUUAAGGUGUCAACAGAAAAGAUGGCUGGCUGUCACAUGGAUCUGGUGCGCAAAUUGCAAGACCUCAUCAAGGAGGUGCAGAAAUAUGCAGAGGAACAGACCAAAGCCCAUAAGAAGACUAAGGAGGAAGUGGCACCCACACUAGAGGCUGUGCAAAACAUCCAGAGUGUGUCUCAGGCAUUGCAAAAAAGUAAAGAAAACUACAACAGCAAGACUGUGGAGCAGGAACGUAUGCGCAAAGAGGGUUCCACUCAAAGAGACCUUGAUAAGGCUGGGCUGAAGGUUAAGAAAGCCAGAGAAGCAUACAAAUCUUACGUGGAGAAAUAUGCCAGCACAAAGACUGAAUUUGAGCAAAAAAUGGCAGAGACAGCACAGAAGUUUCAGGACAUUGAAGAAAGCCAUAUUCUGCAAAUGAAGGAGCUCAUCCAGUCAUAUACUCACUUGAUUGAGGAGACGCACAAACAGAUUGGAGAGGUGCAGAGAGAGUUUGUGAAUAACAUGGAGAACACAUCUGUGGAAAGUCUAUUACAGAAACUGGCAGAGAGCAAAGGGACUGGCAGAGAAAGACCAGGGCCCAUUGACUUUGAGGAAUGCAAUGUUUCUCUUACUACGGAAGGUGCUAAACCUCGAAAGCGGAAGGCCUUUGCAAUUCCAGGGCGAAGAAAAGACAAGGAUACAGAUUCCACUGAAUCUACAGAAGUUGAAACUACCAACAAUGCCAAUGGAGCCCCCUCAGAUACCUAUGGACCCACAGAUUUUCAAAAUGCUAACGUGCCUCAGGUGGAUGAAGAGGGUUUCUGUAUCAGACCGGAAUUCAAUGAAAAUGAUACCAAAGACAACAACUCUUCAUCCAGUGAUUCUGAUGAAGAUGAGCGCAGAAAAUUUCAUGUGGAAAUCAAACCUGUGCAGCCCAACAGUGGCACGCAGCAGCACAAAGCCACCAUCGAUGAGCUGAAGGCUUCUAUUGGAAACCUAACCCUUUCCCCCUCUGCUACAGUCCACAUGAGGAGGAACCAGUCCAGUGAUGAGUUGGGAAGGUCUAGAACACAGCAAGCAUCAUAUACAGAGAGGCUGACCAACAAUGACCUGCUGUCUCUGGAUCCAUUUGGCUCCAAUCUCUCUGGUGCUGUUUCCUCUGUGUCCUCCUCUGCAGUUCCUCCCUCUAACAGACCCACAACCCCUCUGGGCACAGCAGCAAUAGUUCCUCCCCCUCGACCCUCAUCACGGCCCAAGCUGCCUGCGGGCAAACUGACUGGCAUCAAUGAAAUUGCACGGCCGUUCAGUCCUUCUGUGGCAACCAACACUAGUCCUCAGCCUACUGCACCUCUUGCACGGGCCGAAAGUUCCUCCUCUCUGAGCUCUAACACCUCGCUGAGCGCAAGCAACACACCCACCAUUGAGGAUGAUGUGUUUGUGGUGAAACUGCCCACGUUUGAGAAGAGGUGUGAAACUCCAGCAGGGACGUCUCGUGGCCCCAGCCCAGUCACAUUAGCAUCCCAGGAUUCACUUCCCAUAGCUGUUGCUUUCACAGAGUCAGUUAAUGCUUACUUCAAAGGGGCUGAUCCCAGCAAGUGCAUAGUGAAGAUCACGGGAGACAUGACACUUUCCUUUCCCAGUGGCAUCAUUAAGAUCUUCACAUCCAGUCACUCACCAGCUAUACUCAGCUUCCGACUCAGAAACACUAGCAAAUUGGAGCAGAUACUACCCAAUCAGCAUCUUUUACACAGUGACUCCUCCCAGAAUGACACUAGCACUAAAGAUUUCUGGAUGAAUAUGCCUGCACUGAUUGCAUAUCUCAAGAAGAUCUCAGAGCAAAAUCCAGGGUCCUCUUAUUACAAUGUGGACAUCCUCAAGUACCAGGUGUGUUCUAAUGGGAUUCAGUCAACGCCGCUAAAUCUGGCAGUGUACUGGAAGUGUGCACAGAACACUACAGACCUGCGGGUGGACUACCACUACAACCCUGAAGCCAUGCAACCACCUGGACCACUCUGUAGCGUGCAGGUCCUCGUACCUGUCAGCGGUGGUGUCACCAACAUGCACUCACUCCCCACUGCCAUCUGGAAUCCAGACCAAAGUAAGUCAUUAUGGAAGCUGAACGACAUCUCUGAGAAGUCUGAAAAUGAAGGUUCUGGUUCUCUGAGGGCAAAGUUUGAGCUCUCGGCUGGCCCCUCAAUCCCUGCCACUCUAGCUGUUCAGUUCUUUACUGAGGGUAGCACACUCUCUGGAGUAGAAAUGGAACUGGUUGGAUCUGGAUAUCGACUCUCCCUCAGUAAGAAGAGAUUAGUCUCUGGUCAGUUUGGCAACAUGGAAACCACAACAAUGGAGCACACACCCAUGGGAGAGGUUUUAUUUUUAUUUUAUUUUUAAAUUUAAUUCUAUUGUAAUAUUGGCCUCAAAUAUAAAGUAGUAUGGAGUCCUGGAAGGGACAUUGUUAGAAAAAAAAAAAAAAUGUCCGUGUGAGUGCACACUCCAUUUUUGUGGGUUCCAUGUUGUUGAACUGACCCGGAAGUACCUAAAUGAAAAGUGAAAUGCCUAAAUGAAAAAGGGUUUUGAUCUAAGCUUUCGUACUGAAAGCUGUGUGUUUUACAUUAGCCACUUUCUAAAGCAUUAAGGAAAAACAAACAAACACCUUAUUUCUUAUUUUUUAAGGGGGGGGGACAAACAAACAAAAAAGUUACCCCUUAUUUAUGGCAGUUGCUGAAC